AUGUCUAACAGAGCUAUUAUUGGAACAGCAGUUGCCGUGGGUGCGGGAUAUUAUUUGUACCAGCGCCAGGUACAGUUGAAGCAACAACAGGCUGGUCAAAUUCCUGUCUCCCCUAUUGUCCACGACCAGGAUACGUUUGAGCUAAAGGGUGCCAAGGCUGGCGCCAAAAUAGACGACAUCUCCGAUGAUGUCAAGGAUAAGGUGUCGCAAUACAAAACAGACGCAGACUACAAGUUCCAGAACAUUGCCUCGCAGGUUGAGAGCAAGAAGGCCGGUGUGGCCGAUUGGGCCGUGGACAAGUUGGACAGGGCAAAGUCCAACUUGGAAGAGUCACGUGAUAAGUAUCAGGAGACAACCGAUAACUUGAAGGGCAACCUUGACGAGUACAAGAACAAGGACAAGCCCAACGCCGUUGUGCAGGCCAUUAACAACACAAAGGAGGCCAUUUCCACUGAUAUCGGUAAUAUCAAGGAGGGUUUCAUCGACGAUCUGAAAAGCGUCAAGUCCGCUAUUGUGGGGACGACUUCCGAAGUUCAUGACCAUGUCGUUGAGAACGUGAACGAGUUGUCCGACAAGAGUGCUCGCAAGGUUGACGAGGCCAAGGAGCAUUUCUCCCAGGCAGCUUCUAGUGGUAAGCGUGCCGUGAAUCAGGCUGCAGCCGAAGCCAAGGACACAUCCAAUAACAUUUUGAAUUGGGGAUUCAACAAGGCGGAGAAGGUGCGUGCCCAGGCCAUCAAUGAGUACGAUGAGGCCAAUAAGAAGUACCAAGGGUUGGAGAAGCAGUACAACGAGUCAAAGAAGGGUCUCUUUGGUAAAGGGGAUCCGGAAUUGAAGAAGCAAUUGGACGAAGCAAAGUCUUACGUGAGCGAUGCCAAGGCCAGAGUUGACCAGGCCACCAGGGAAUUCACUGAAAAGACCGCAAAGAACUUCAACGACAUGGCUGACCAGAUGCAUGCAAACGACGAGGAAUUGAAGCGCAAAGGGUUUCUUACUUGGUUGAGAGGGAAAACUGACUCCCAGGUCGAAGACCCAGAUGUUGUUGCAAAUGACAGCGUGAGGGGCUUCGGUGAGACUGCUGAGUGGUUGGGCAGAGAGGAGUUGGACGAGAAGAAGAGAAACCAGCAAGCAGGUCCCAGUGAAGCACAGCAAAGAUUGGAACGUUUGAGGAAGAUCAAGGAGGAGGGAUGGUUCAACCAGCAGGCAAAAGACGGUAAGGAGGCAGUCAAGGACGUGGGUAAAACUGUGGAAGGCUGGGGCGAGUCCGCGUCAAAUAAGGCCAAGGAAGACUACGACGACUUACUGAAGUGGAAAGAGUCCGCCAGACAAGGAUACCAGGAAUCCGCUGCUGCUGCACGUGACAGCGCCCAGCAGGCAGUGGACUCUGCUAAGAAACGAUUGGAAGAGACUCGCGCGGAAUUGAACAAGCAGACGAAGCAUUGGUGGCAGUUUGGAGCUGAAAAGAACGAAGAACUGCAAAAAGCUGCCAAGGCCAAGUACGAUGCUGCUGAGAAAGAGUACCAAUCGGCAGUUGGGACUCUAAAUGACUGGACUGAUAAGGCGUCCGGCAAGUUUUGGAGCAGUGCCGAUGAUGCCUUGCAUACCGCCAGAAAUGCCGCCGGUAGCGUGCACGAAACGACUAUUAAGGGAAUAGACAAGGCACAAGACUACGUCCAAGACAAGAAAUAA